UGUUGUUUGGUGUGACCAGGAGGCAGAUACGGAUGACAACCAAGGGACGCUGGACUUCGAGGAGUUCUGUGCGUUCUAUAAGAUGAUGUCAACCAGGCGGGACCUGUAUCUGCUGAUGCUCACCUACAGCAACCACAAGGACUAUUUAGAUGUGGACGACCUGAGGCGCUUCCUUGACGCAGAGCAAAAGAUGAGCGACGUCACCAAGGACCAUUGCCUGGAGAUUAUCAAUCAGUUUGAACCCUGUCCAGAAAACCGGCAACAAGGCGCUCUCGGGAUUGAUGGAUUCACCAACUACAUGCGCAGUCCUGCUGGGGACAUUUUCAAUCCGGAGCAUUAUCACGUCAACCAGGACAUGACGCAGCCUUUGAGUCACUACUUCAUCACCUCUUCCCAUAACACCUACCUCAUGGGAGACCAGCUGAUGUCCCAAUCCAGAGUUGACAUGUACGCGUGGGUUCUCCAGUCCGGAUGCCGCUGUGUAGAAGUUGAUUGUUGGGACGGUCCGGAUGGGGAACCCAUUGUCCACCACGGCUACACGCUGACCUCCAAGAUACUUUUCAAAGACGUGAUUGAAACCAUCAACAAGUAUGCUUUCAUCCGGAGCGAAUACCCGGUCAUUUUGUCCAUUGAGAAUCACUGCAGCGUCGCCCAGCAGAAAAAGAUGGCCCAGUAUCUCACUGAAGUUUUGGGGGACAAGCUGGACCUGUCUUCCGUGAGGAAUGAAGAUCCCACAAAACUGCCUUCCCCGGAGAACUUGAAAGGGAAAAUCUUGGUCAAGGGAAAGAAACUUCCAGCCAACAUUAGUGAGGACGUGGAAGAAGGAGAAGUCUCCGAUGAGGACAGCGCAGAUGAGAUGGACGAUGACUGUAAACUGAUGAAUGGAGAUGCUUCCACCAAUCGAAAGCGAGUGGAGAACAUUGCAAAAAAGAAGUUGGAUUCUCUGAUUAAGGAAUCCAAAAUCCGUGAUUGUGAAGAUCCGAAUAAUUUUACAGUUUCCACCUUACCACCAUCUGGGAAACUUGGUAACAAGCAUGAUCUCAAAAAGAACAAACAUGAGGAGGAGGUGGACUCUGGGCAAGAGGCUAUCAUCAACAAACGGCACAACCGGUCACUGAUGGGAAGCUUUUCCAAACGCAAGAAAAAAGGAAGCAAGCUCAAAAGGGCUUCCAGUCCGGAAGACGGUGAGGAUGAUUCCGACUGUCAAGGGAACGUAGCCAGAGGCUCGGUGCAUUAUAGCAAAACCAACCGACAGAAGAAGACCAUGAAAUUGUCAAGGGCAUUGUCAGACCUGGUGAAAUAUACCAAAUCUGUCGGGAGCUUUGAUGUGGAAUCCGAAAUCUCUUCCAGUUGGCAAGUUUCCUCCUUCAGUGAAACGAAAGCCCACCAGAUUCUCCAACAAAAACCAGCUCAAUACCUGCGCUUCAACCACAACCAGCUGUCCCGGAUCUAUCCUUCUUCCUACCGUGUGGACUCCAGCAACUACAAUCCUCAGCCCUUCUGGAAUGCGGGCUGCCAGCUGGUGGCACUCAACUACCAGUCAGAGGGGAGAAUGCUUCAGCUCAACCGCGCCAAGUUCAACGCCAAUGGGAAUUGUGGAUAUGUCCUCAAGCCCACAUGUAUGUGUCAAGGUUUUGUGCAUUUUCAGAUUAUAGACCCAUUUGUGGAGGUGGAGCUAAUCGGUUUGCCGGUGGACUGCUGUAAAGAGCAGACAAGAGUGGUGGAUGACAACGGUUUCAAUCCAAUGUGGGAAGAAACCCUGGUGUUCACCAUCUGCAUGCCCGAGAUUGCAUUGAUCCGGUUCCUGGUGUGGGAUCACGAUCCCAUUGGGAGGGAUUUCAUCGGACAGCGGACGAUAUCGUUUACGAGCAUGAUGCCAGGCUAUCGGCACGUCUACUUGGAAGGCAUGGAAGAGGCGUCCAUCUUUGUUCACGUAGCUGUCAAUGACAUAUGUGGUAAGGUCAAGCAAGCGCUGGGCUUAAAAGGUCUCUUUCUCAGAAAUCCAAAGCAGGCCUCUCUCGACAGUCAUGCUGCUGGCCAACUCAACCGCAGAGACUCCUUUAGCAGCCACCUCUUACGGCGGACGGCCAGCGCGCCCACCAAGACCCAGAAGAAGGCCAGGAAGGGCUUCCCCGAGAUCGCCAUCGACACCAAAGACCACGGCUCCGAAGGGACGGGCGACGGCCACGCACUCGAGGACUCGUCCCACCCUCGUUUCGACCAAGAGCCGGAACGCGGGUCCCCGGCACCUUCUCUUAGAGAGGGCGCCUUCAGGGAGGCUCCCGGCAAGGGGUUGAAAGAUGCCCACCAGCUCUCAGUGCAGACGUCCAUCCCUUCAUUACGCAGCCUGGAGACCAUCAGUGAAGAACCCAAUGUUGCCAACAAGAACCAGCUUGUUGGUUCUUGCUUUCCUCUUUCCGCCACCCUCCCUGCUGAUUCCAAAGAAGGGGAUGUGCCUGAUAUUUCCCAUGGAACUGGUUCAGAAGGAGAUGACCCAUCAGACCAGUUGGAGAGAACUUCUCUUCAGCAGCACGGAGUGACUGGUGCAGAGAAUAAAGUAUUCCACGCUCCCAUCCCGGCCAUUGCAGAUGUCCUGGAAUGGGAACUCAGUAGGAACAUCAGCAAAGAAGAAGGUAGCUGCAAAAGGAUACAUGAAAAUGGAGGUCCACCUACUUCACAAACUCAGGGCAAUGUAGCAUUGACCAACCGUUGGCUCCAUUAUGCCAGAAACUGCCAGAAUCAAAGAAGCGGAACAGUCCAAGAUGAGAGGAGUGAGAAGGGGAGUACAACCACACCAGGAUCACCAUACCAAAGCAACGUGGCAAAUAUCUCCAUACAAAUUGCACCUCAAGAAGCUCCAGAAGUCACUCAAGCUGCCACAGCCCCCACAUCUCAUGUCGUAGUGAAGAGGUCCAAGAGUGAAGGCUGCAGACUUUGUGACUGUUCCGUCUCGACGAGGCGACCUGGUGGCUUCUCCCCAGCGGCGGAAGUCUACUCCGAUGCCACAGCCAAUGAUCAUAUCUGGAGCAAGCUGGACUCCAGCACUCAUCGGGACAGUAUGUCUUCCUCUUCCAGCAUGUCCUCCAACGACACGGUCAUAGACCUCUCCUUGCCCAAUCUUGCUCGGAAAAGCCUCCCCGAUCUGGUGGUUCGGCAUGAGCAUUUUGAUGCGCUCCCUGCAAGACGAAGUAUGCGCCCCUGGUCUGCGAGCGCUGCGCCCGGACACGAUGUUCCCAUGGUGACUAAGAGCAAAUCCAAUCCCAACCUGAGGGGUGACCAACCUGCCCAGGAUGCGUUGUGCCCUCGACCGCUAAGCAGGGGUUGCAAGUCGGGAUCCAUGCCCAAGAGACACACCUGGAGUCGGUUGUACAUGGAAAGCCUCAGGCAGUCCUGUCUGAAGUCUCAAGGCCAGGAGAUCAACCAGGCCAAAUCCAAAAGCCUCGGAGACCUCACCUCUGAGGACAUCACAUGCGCCUUUGAGGGCAAGUAUCGCAGUAUCAGUCGAAGCUUUGUCACCCAGUCGACGCGGGAACAGCGCCGCUGUGCCGUUGGCGCAUUCUCGGCUCAGCCUCCCGACGAGCUCACGGAGCGCUUGAAGAAGCUGACCACCUUCCAGCAGGCGAACGAUAUCACUUCCCCGACCAGCCUCGGACCCGUCGAGUCGGAAGAGGAGGAAGAGGGAGAGACGGGCCUCCUCCGAAGGGCUUCCUCCCGGAGCCAGAGCCGGGUGAGGUACAUUGCCAACCGUGCCAAGCAGGCCCAAGAGAGGCAGAGGCUGCAAAGCUUGACCCUGAGCAAGGGGAGUCCCAUCGAGGAGAGGGGGAACCCCGAGGGAGCCUGCUGCUUCGCUGGCGGGGCCUGCUCGGACGUGGCUUCCCCUGCUCUGUUUACACCCCAAUGCAAGGAC